CCGGGUAGAAGAUAAAAAAAGUUGGAGGACGAUGGACGGACAGGUGCUCAGAGAGUAGGCAUGGCGUGGUUUUGACGCCGCGGGGAGCCGCUGACUGCAUGGAGGGGGAGAGCAGAGUGGUGAAGCUAAGCCCCAAAGCUCCCGCAUGGUCGGUCGACUGUUUUGCGCGAGACUCUGAGAGCAGGGGUAAUUUCGGACUCGUGCAAAAAAGCAAAUGCAAGCUGGACCGGCCGUGCAAGGACCCACAUGGGGGCGAGUGAGUCUGCUGUCUGAAUUCCAUUUGCGAAUGUCUCCAAAGCAAAAAGUUGCGACAAGUAUCGCUCCGGGAGCAGCAUCAGCAGAAGCUGCAGCAGCUGCUCGUGUCCUGGAAUUGCGCUGCUGAGAGACUGCUGCGCAUACAUACACCCCCCUGCAGCAGCUCGGACUGUCAAUACUCUACAACCGAGGAGCUAGAGGGAAUUCUGCUCUGGACUGGACGCGUUGCCUGAGUAUCAGCAGUCGGAGCCAGAGGUCCGGAAGGAAGCUCGAGGAGCAGCAGGUUUCGUUUCAUUGGUGCUGACUCUGUGACAGUGUACGUCGAGGGCGAUCUGAAACUUCGGACCGGUCCGCUGCCUCACAUUUCUCGGGUGCAGAAGCUGCGGUGCAGUCAGGGAGUAAGGGAGGGAAGAGGCAGAGGACGAAACACAAUGGCAUCAACAUCGAUGUCGUUUAGGCUGGUGUUUCUUUUAGCCGUGACUCUGGCCAUGACACUGGCCUCGCAUACGAGCUUCGUCGUUGCACAAGACCUCGACCCGGCUGCAAGCCCUCCUGCUCCGGCCCCAUCGCCUGGAGCAGCUCCGGCCAGGCUCUCGAUUCCCUCCUUUGCUGGUGUAACGUUCGUGGGCGUGCUGACUUUGUGGCUGACCAGGAGCUGCGCUUGGUAGUUGUUGCUGCCCCUCUUAUUCUAUUGGACACUAAGUUUCUGAACAAUAUUCUCACAGAUAAAAGUCCCACACUCAGAAUUCUCGAGGCAUGCGCAGCAGCUCCUUCGUAUCUACUCAGAUACGUGGAAGCUGGUCGUUUGAAUCAUGUGCAGCAUUUCCUUGCUCAUAAAUUGCAGUUAGUUGUAGUGGCAGAACCAUAUGGCCUCGGGGAAGAAGGUGUUUAGACGAUUGUAGUUUUGAUCUGGGUGCAUGAUAGCUGGAGUGCUGACGCUGCACAUGUAUGAAUAACUUCUUCCCAGUGGCAUGGCAUCACUCAUACAUAUGGCCAGAACACAUGUUCUUUGUUUCCUCUGAUUGUUCCCUCUUAGACAGGAUUUGAUCUGUUCCAGUUAAUGUAGGACACCAACUUGUUUUCCAAAAGCUUUUGGACGUGAAUAGCUUAUCAAUUGUCAAUCGAAAAUCACAUGUUUUUCAUGUGAACUCUUUUUAAUGUUCCGAGCUCAUUCUGAUCUGACA